AUGGACGCCCGCCUCCUGGAGCACCCGCACGCCCAGUUCGGGGGCUCGCUGGGCGGCGUGGUGGGCUUCCCCUACCCGCUGGGCCACCACCACGUGUACGAGCUGGCCGGACACCAGCUGCAGUCGGCCGCCGCCGCCGUGCCCUUCUCCAUCGACGGGCUGCUGAGCGGCUCGUGCGCCGCGGCCGCCGCCUCGGUGGUCAACCCCACGCCGCUGCUGCCGGCCGCCUGCGGGGUGGGCGGCGACGGCCAGCCCUUCAAGCUGUCGGACUCGGGGGACCCCGACAAGGAGAGCCCGGGCUGCAAGCGGCGACGCACCCGCACCAACUUCACCGGCUGGCAGCUGGAGGAGCUGGAGAAGGCGUUCAACGAGAGCCACUACCCGGACGUGUUCAUGCGCGAGGCGCUGGCGCUGCGCCUGGACUUGGUCGAAUCGCGCGUGCAGGUCUGGUUCCAAAACCGCCGCGCCAAGUGGAGGAAGAAAGAGAAUACCAAGAAGGGCCCGGGGAGGCCGGCGCACAACUCGCACCCGACCACGUGCAGCGGCGAGCCCAUGGACCCCGAGGAGAUUGCGCGCAAGGAGCUGGAGAGGAUGGAGAAGAAGCAGCGCAAGCGGGAGAAGAAGCUGCUAAAGAGCCAGGGCCGCCAGCUGCACUCGCCCGGCGGCCUGUCCCUGCACAGCGCGCCCAGUUCCGACAGCGACAGCGGCGGCGGCGGCCUGUCCCCGGAGCCGCCCGAGCCGCCCGCGCCGCCGCCGCCGCCGCCCGCAGCCAAGGGCCCUGGCGCGCACGCCGCCGGCGCCGCGGGUUCCGCGCGCGCACCGCCCGGCGAGCCGCCGGCGCCCGGCACCUGUGACCCCGCCUUCUGCCCGAGCCAAAGACGCGGCGCCGGCUCGCAGCCGCGGCUAGGCCGCUCCGCGGACCAGGACGCAGCCUCGUGCGGGUCCGGGGCGGUGGCGGCGACGGCGGCGGCUGCUGCGGAGCGCGGCGCCGCGGGCCUGCCCAAGGCCAGCCCGUUCAGCGUGGAGAGCCUGCUGUCCGACUCGCCGCCGCGCCGGAAAGCGGCCCCUGCCAGUGCCGCGGCCGCGGCCGGCCUGGACUUCGCGCCGGGGCUGCCGGGCGCGCCGCGGACCCUCAUCGGAAAGGGCCACUUCCUGCUCUAUCCGAUCACGCAGCCGCUCGGCUUCCUGGUGCCGCAGGCCGCGCUCAAAGGCGGCGCGGGCCCGGAGCCGGCGCCCAAGGACGCGCCGCCCGCACCCGCCGCGCCGCCCGCGCCGCCUGCGCAGGCUAGCUUCGGGGCCUUCUCGGUGCCCGGCGGCGCCCCGGACUCGGCCUUCGCGCGCCGCAGCCCCGACGUCGUGGCUUCCCCGGGGGCCCCGGCCCCGGCGCCCUUCCGGGACCUUGCCCCGGCCGCCGCCACCGAGGGCGCUGGCGGGGACUGCGCGGACGCGGGGGGCGCCUGCCCCGCGGCCCCGCCGCCCCCGCCACUCGCGCAGUCGCCGGGGCCCGGGCCCGGCCUGCGAGCGCCCAGCCCCGCGGCGGAGCCGACUGCCUGCGGGGCCCCGGAACCGGGCGCGGCGGCCGGACCGAGCCCGCCGGAGGGCGAGGACGUGGACAUGGACUGA